AUGAACCAACAAGAUCCAAAACCAUUUCUAAAGAAGUUUUUAACAUCAUUAGAUGCGCCAUACAUUUCACCAACUCAAUCAUUUCCAAAUGUUGAAGCAUAUGCAAUUCAAUUUGGAUCCAAUUUAAAGAGAACAUGUGCAAUUAUAAUAAAUGGUCAACCAAUAAUUGCAACUCCACAUGAAGAUGCUAAAUUACAAUUUCAAAAAAAAUGGUUAGCAACUCCAUUAUCUCAGCAUCAAUUAACUAGUUUUGAUUGUCAUUUGGUUCCUGGAACUGGGAAUAUGGUUAUCACAUUCAGUGCAAAAGUUAGAUUCGAUCAAAGUGGUAGAAAUAGAUUAGGGGAGUCUGCAGAUUUAGUACACGAUAAUGUGGGUGUAACAAGAAGUACCUCAAGUCGAGCAGUAUGGGGCUCAUGGUUUGGUCUUAAUGCCACUAUUAUCGUUGAUGAAUUAGUAAUAAAUAGUUCAGAGGGUGAAAUUAUCAAUAGUUUAAAUUAUAGAUUUACUUAUAUACCAGAGGAUACUAUAUUGAAAAUAUAA